CGCAGGCUCCGCCUCCCCCCGUCCCGUCCCCCCCGUCGGUGGCCGGCGCUGAUCCCGCCGGAUCCUGCCCUGCUUCCCGCUCGUCCCAGCUCGUCCCCGUUCUCCGGGAUGGCGGAGAGCCCGGGGCGGCCGCCGGAGGGGAGCGAUGUCCCGCGGGGAGGAGGAGGAGGAGGAGAUGAGGAAGCGCAGCCCGGGGUGACCCCCGAGGGGGCGGUGGAGCCCCCGGACCCUCCCGGUGAGGGGCCGAGCGGGGGCGCGGGGCUGGAGCCCCCCGGGGACGGCGCAGGGACGGGGAGCGGGUCCCCCCAAGGACCGGGGGGAUCGGGAGAGGAGCAGCGAGACCCCGGUGGCGACAGCCCGGGGGGCUCGGGGAUGCCACGGGGGGAGCCGGGAGGGGCGGACGAGCCCGAGGGCUCCGCGCAGGGCAGGGCAGAGCCCGAGGGAGAGGCGGCGGCAGCGGCGGGGACGGGGGAUGGAGAGGCGGCAGCGGCGGGGACAGAGCCCCGGGACACGGCCGAGGGGCCGAACGGGACAGAGCCCGAGGACGCGGGGAUGGCCCCGGCGGGGACGGAGCACGAAGAAGGGGUCUCGGUAGGGAAAGAGCCCGAGGACGCGGCCGGGGUUCCGGUGGGGACAGAGCCCGAGGACGUGGCGGUGGUCCCGGGGGGGGCAGAGCCCGAGGAGGCGGUGAGGGAGGAAGCCCCGACAGAGAAAGAGCCCGAGGAGGCGGCGACAGUCCCGGCAGAAGCAGAGGGGACAGCCCGGUCGGGGACAGAGCCCCCAGAGGCAGAGGGGACAGUCCUGUCGGGGACAGAGCCCGGGGAGGGGACAGUCCCGACGGGAACAGACUCCGGAGAGGCAGAGGGGACAGUCCUGUCGGGGACAGAGCCCGAAGAGCGGACAGUCUCGUCGGGAACAGAGCCUGGGGAGGCAGAGGGGACAGUCCUGUCGGGGACAGAGCCUGGGGAGGCAGAGGGGACAGCCCGGUCGGGGACAGAGCCCCCAGGGGCAGAGGGGACAGCUCAGUCGGAGACAGAGCCCGCAGAGAGGACAGUCCCGUCGGGGACAGAGCUUGGAGAGGCAGAGGGGACAGUCCCGUCGGGAACAGAGCCCGGGCAGGCGCUAGGACAGGCGGUCCCAGAGGGGACAGAGCCCCGAGAGGCAGAGGGGACAGGCCCGUCGGGGACAGAGCCCGGGGAGGCAUCGGGGACAGGCCCCCAGGAUGAGGUGCAGGAGGCAGCCCCGACGGGCGCAGUCCCUGAGGAGGCGCUGGGAACAGUCCCCGGGGAUGUGCGGGAGGCAGCGCCGAGGGAGCCGGUCCCGCAGGAUGAGGUGCGGGAGGAAAGCCCGGCUGGGACAGAGCCCGAGGAUGCGCUGGGGACAGUCCCCGAGGCUGAGGGGCAGGAGGGAGUCCCUGCGGGGACAGUCCCCGAGGCUGAGGGGCGGGAGGAAGCCCCGUCGGGGAUAGACCCCGAGGAUGCGGUGCGGGAAGAAGCCCCGGCUGGGACAGGGCCCGAGGAGGUGCGGGAGGAAGCCCCGGCGGGGACAAUCCCUGAGGAUGCGGGACAGGAGGAAACCCCAGCGGGGACAAUCCCUGAGGACGCAGUGCAGGAUGCGGCCCCCUCGGGGACAAUCCCUGAGGAUGCGGGGCAGGAGGAAACCCCGGCGGGGACAAUCCCUGAGGAUGUGAGACAGGAGGAAACCCCGGCGGGGACAAUCCCUGAGGACGCAGGGCGGGAGGCAGCCCCCUCUGGGACAAUCCCUGGGGAUGCGGGGCAGGAGGAAAUCCCGGUGGGGACAAUCCCUGAGGAUGCAGUGCAGGAUGCGGCCCCCUCGGGGACAAUCCCUGGGGAUGCAGUGCAGGAUGCGGCCCCCUCGGGGACAAUCCCUGAGGAUGCGGGACCGGAGGAAACCCCGGCGGGGACAAUCCCUGAGGAUGCAGGGCGGGAGGCAGCCCCCUCUGGGACUAUCCCUGUGGAUGCGGGGCAGGAUGCAGCCCCGGCGGGGACAAUCCCCGAGGAGAGAGCUGCCCCCUCGGGGACAAUCCCUGAGGAUGCGGGACAGGAGGAAACCCCGGCUGGGACAAUCCCUGCGGGUGCGGGGCAGGAUGUAUCCCCGGCGGGGACAAUCCCCGAGGAUGCGGGGCAGGAUGUAUCCCCGACGGGGCCAAUCCCUGAGGAUGCGGUGCGGGAGGAAACCCCGGCGGGGACAAUCCCUGAGGAUGCGGUGCGGGAGGAAGCCCCGCCAGGGACAAUCCCCGAGGAGGGAGCGGCCCCGGCGGGGAUGGAGGAGGCUCCCGGGAGCCGGGGGGAAGCGGAGCCGGCGCUGGAGCCCCAGGGCGCUCUCCGGUCUCCGGGCGGCCCCGACGGCGCGGACGGAGCGGAGCCCGAGCGGGGCCCGGCGGGGGCAGGAGCGGGGGACGCGACCCCCGAGGCAGCGGAAAGAGGGGCCCCGGACCCCCAGAGCGAGUGGGGUCGGAGCCUGAACGGAGUGAGGGGUCGGGCGGAGGACGAGGAGAACGAGACGGGCUCGCCGGCAACCCCCGAGGAGGAGGAGGAGGAAGAGGAGAAGCAGGAGCACGACAUCUCCCUCUUCGUCAAGGCUGGCAGUGAUGGGGAAAGUAUUGGAAACUGCCCCUUCUCGCAGCGCCUCUUCAUGAUCCUGUGGCUGAAAGGGGUCAUAUUCAACGUCACCACCGUGGAUUUGAAAAGAAAACCUGCAGACCUGCAGAACCUGGCCCCGGGCACCAACCCCCCCUUCAUGACCUUCGACGGCGAAGUGAAAACCGACGUCAACAAGAUCGAGGAAUUCUUGGAAGAGAAGCUGGUGCCGCCCCGGUAUCCCAAACUUGCCCCCAAGCACCCCGAGUCCAACUCUGCGGGAAAUGACGUGUUUGCCAAGUUCUCUGCGUUUAUAAAGAACCCGAGGAAAGAUGCAAAUGAAAAUUUGGAAAAGUCUCUGCUGAAAGCCCUGAGGAAGCUGGACAACUAUUUAAACAGCCCCCUGCCUGACGAAAUCGAUGCUUACAGCACGGAGGAGAUCACCGUUUCCAGCCGGAAAUUCCUGGAUGGAGAUGAGCUCACUUUAGCCGAUUGCAACCUCCUACCAAAGCUCCACAUAAUCAAGGUCGUGGCGAAAAAAUACCGAAAUUUCGAUUUCCCCCCUGAAAUGACAGGGAUUUCCAGAUACUUGAACAAUGCAUAUGCAAGAGAUGAAUUCACAAACACUUGCCCUGCUGAUCAAGAGAUUGAAUAUGCCUAUUUGGAUGUGGCCAAGAGAAUGAAGUAACCAGAAGAUGCCUCUGUUCCUUGCUCCUGAGACGGGAAAGCAAAAGCCAGCAGAUGUUCUGCGGGGUGAUUUUAAGUUCUGCUAUGGGCCAAUCCUUUUGUAAUGAUUGUACUGCAUUGUUUGCUCCUUCUUCAGUUCUCUGUGUGCUUGUUGGUGUGUCUUGCACACACGAGUGUCUCUUGUCCCUUCCAAGGUAAAGGCAUCCACCAAUAUUAAAGACCUGCUGAAUUUUGGGAAGCAGUGUAGGUCAGUGAUAGCAAACCCACAGGCUGAACGGCUGAAUUUGGGGCAGGAACAGCCCUGUUUGUGCCCCACCUUUCACCUGGGGGUGUUGCUGCCCCUGCUCUCUGUCCCACGGUUGUUGCCACACUCCACAGUCAAGGAAAGGUUUCUCUUUGCUCCAGCAGCACCUGACUAAGCCAGGAGAGAGACCAACCUGCAGUGGGACCACACCUGGUGCCCCCAAAGUUUGUCCUCUGUGCCAGAGACCUGCAGGGCAGGUCAAACAGGGACAACUCCUUUUGACCUGGCACGGCUCCUUUCCCUUGGCAUGGAAAAUAAAUAAAGAAGAAUUCCUGCCUUCUCCUCUCUCAGGGCUGCAUAACCCAUCAAACUUCCCCCCCUGGUGCUCCCAGAGACAGGAAUUCUGGCCUGGGGACUAUCUGCCCUUAGAUAUUUGAUGAGGGAGGAGGAGGGAGAGACUUGCUUGUCACUACAGACAGAAGAUGUGGGUGAACAUCCAUCCCCAGACACUGAUGUGGGGUUCCUUUGUCAUCCUUCCAUGGCUCUUAUUUGGAUUUGGAAAGCAAAGAGGGGCAGAGGGUCUAAGAAAGGAAAAAUCCUGUAUUCCCUGACAGGAGGGGGAGCCGGGGGGGGUCGGGCUCUGCUCCCGGGGAACAAGGGACAGGAGGAGAGGGAACGGCCUCCAGCUGUGCCAGGGGAGGGUCAGGUUGGACAGGAGGAGGAAUUUCCUGCUGGAAAGGGUGGUCAGGCCUUGGCAGGGGCUGCCCAGGGGUGUGACAACACACAGACUUCAUUUAGCAAUACGAGUUUUAUUCAACAACAAAUGUGAGGCAGAGACACAGGGAGAAAAGAGGUGUCAGAGAGAGAGAGAGCAGGAGAUAGUCAGAGGGAACCAGAUGAGCUUUAAGGUCCCUCCCAACCCAAACCAUCCUGAUUCUAGAAGAUUUAUGGACUCCAAAAAGUGACACCCACAGCUGCUUCCUGCUGAGCAGGCCCUCGGCAGGGGCACAGGAGUAGAGGGUGCAACACUUUAGUCAUCGGGUCACCUAAAGGUUUCCUUCCAGUGGAUUUUUGUGGACAAAAUUUUUUGUGGACACAUGAGAACAGCUAAAAAGGGCCUUUACAGCUCCUGCAGCCACAAAAAGACUCUGAAGGGCUAAUCAUUGCUGCUUGCCCACGUCAAACCUGCGCUUGCUUCCUAACAAAGCUUGACUUAAAGGCAACAGUCAGGGUCAGAGUGUGUCUGUGGAGGCUUUGCUGGGCAGUCCUGGGACAGAUGUGUUUGGAUCCCAAUUAUCUGUCAGGCAGGUUCAACGGGCAGGUUUAGUUUGCCUUUAGAGAGGACGGACACGCCUGCCCUGCCACCCUCAACUGGGAACUCUCCUGCUGGGGUUGGGAGCUGAGCAGUCCCUCGUCACAGAUCACUGACUGGUACUGGAGUUUUCAAAUGCAUAAGUAUCUAGAGUAGAUAAAAAAAUGAAAUCUGUACACUCUUUUCUUAUGCCUUACAAAUUUGAGUAGAAAAUAUACAAAUUCUUAAGUA